GAGAAAAAUCGUCACUAUAUAGCAUUCAACCGAGCUCAACUCCGUAAACUGUCAUCGGAGAGCAUUAUUAUAUGAUAUAGCGAACAAUUAUUUAUAUUCAUCAAUACAAAAAAACUAUAAUAUCAAUCAAUUAACGCACCUUAUUCACAUUUACGUCAUCAUACUUCCGGAGUGAAUUUUUUUUAAAAUGUGCGUGCCGUCGACGGAACGCGCAGUGGAUCCCAAGUGUUCUUCCGGUAGCGCGUACAGAAGAGUGAUAAAAAAGUCUAAAAAGUCGUGGAUUUUGAGUGUGGCGGUCUUACUUAUUGUAUCCGCAGCAUUGCAAAAUCAUGCCGUCAACCAAUGCGUUCGCGCAGUCUUGAAACUAACAGCGAUGCAGUUAAUAGAUUUGAGCAAUUUCAAAAAUUUACUUCACGAUUCGUGUUUAAUUUAUAAUAAAAUACCAGAACGCAAGCUUACUGAAUCGGAUUGUUACUCAUGCGAGAGCAUCGAUCGAGUGGACGUUGUCCUCAGACCAGAGGACAUUUUGGAAUCGUACGCGGAUCUCAAUUGGCCGGUUGCGUACCAAAGUGAUGUUAAAACCACCGUCACCGUUGAAGAUCUAGCGCUUGUUCUUUUAAACGGAGACCUCUUACCUUGCGAUUAUGAAUCCAACAUGAAAAUCGAUCCCCUUCGAGCAAUCGAAAUGAAGUAUGGAUGGUUUAUGCAUUGGCGAAAUUGUGAUGACAUCCAAGGAAAACUAAUGCGUGCUUUAUACAGACCAGAUUCGUUUUUGAGCAUUUCUCCCGAAACGUGGACAAUCAUGUCGUCCAAGUAUAAGACUGUUCACUAUAAAAAAAUCAACACGUACUACGACGGCAGAGUGGCGGUAUCGCAGAUAAGUGGAACGUUUAUGUACCGGUUGGUGCCCAAAAACCCUUGCGUGGAAAUAUGCAAUCCUUUGGACGGACUUUUAGAAACUCGUCAUACCCUGGUUUUCAACAAUUUCAUUUGGGAUUUUCAGUAUCUGCCAUUGAAUAAUUCCACCAACAGCAUAGCUAUUAUCUAUUACUUAGAUUAAAAGUCAAAUAGGUACACCGUACACCAAAUCUAUUUAUAUAUGGCGAAAAAGGCUUAGCAUAUUCCGAUUCUUAUUUAUAUAUUACGCGCUUGCAUAUAGGUGUUACCUAUACCUAGGUAAUAAUAUUAUUAUAUUAUAAUUAUUAUGAGUUAUUUACAAAAAAUAAUAUACAUUGAUUUUAUUUAAAUGAUUAUAAUAUUUAUUUUUUAUUUUUAUUAGAAAUAAACAAUCUAUACCAGCGGUUCUUAACCUGUGGUCCUCGGCCCCCUGGGGGUCCGCGAUACUCAUGUCGGGGGUCCGCGGCAGCCUUAACACAUAACAUACGUCAAUUAGUGACACGAAUGCAUUAUUACAAUAUUGUUGGAUUAUUAUUAUUUUUUUUUUCAUAUAUUAUAUAUAAUAUAAUAUGUAGAUUCUACACCAAAUAAUUGUGUUAUUAAUAUUUAUUAAGUAAAAUCAGUUUUUCUUGUUCAUACUAAAUGUAUAUGCGUACAGCGCUGUAGUCU